AUGAAGUUCCCAUUUGAAAAAAGGGUAAAGCUGGCUCAGGGGUUGUGGCUCCUCUCCUGGCUGGCUAUUGUAGGUGGAGCACUCAACUUCUGUUUCGGGUGCUUCCUGAAGACAGAAAUACGACGGAGAACAGAGGUGAUGGACAACAGCAAUAUUCACAUUGUCCCGAACACCCUGAUAGUAUCGGGGCUGGCUGCCAUUGGCAUCAACUACUUUGCGGGGCAGAUCUGCCAGGAUGCCCUGGAUGUGGGGCGCUUCCCUCGCUGGAAGACCUUCCUGAAGCCCUACUGCUGCUGCGCCAUCAUCUUCACCAGCCUCACGCUGAUCGGCGUCAUCCUCAGCUUCACCAUGAGGAGCAGCCUGGAGGGCUCCCUGCAGGUCGGCCUGAGGAAUGCCCUGCGUUUCUACAAGGACACGGACACGCCGGGCCGCUGCUUCCAGAAACAGACCAUCGACCACCUGCAGAUGGAGUUCCGUUGCUGUGGCAACAACGACUACAGGGACUGGUUUGAGGUGCAGUGGAUCAGCAACCGCUACCUGGACUUCAGCUCCAAGGAGGUUAAGGACCGCAUCAAAAGCAAUGUGGACGGGCGUUACCUGCUGGACGGGGUCCCCUUCAGCUGCUGCAACCCCAGCUCCGCCAGGCCUUGUAUUCAGUACAAGCUCACCAACAACUCCGCUCACUACAACUAUGAGCACCAGACUGAGGAGCUCAACAUCUUUGUCCGCGGCUGCAGGGAGGCUUUGCUCAGCUACUAUACAGCCCUAAUGAACAGCAUCGGGGCCGGAGUGCUGCUCCUCUUCCUGCUUCAGGUACCACACUGUAGUCACCACUGGAGGAUUAUGCUCACUUGAUCGAUUGGUGAUGGUGUAGGCUCUGUCUUAGAA